ACGUAAUUUAAUAUACAUAAAAAAUAAAUAUGUUUAAAAGUCACAAUCAUAGCAAAUACAUUGUUUUUACAUUACGAACGCAUUUAUAACGGGCAUAAUGGUUAAUUAGCCAAGAAACAAACCAUGCAUUAAACGAAUCUGUAUAUGUCAAAUAUUUAAUAGCUGUCAAAAAAAGGUAAUAGCAUCGUAAUUUCGCGAGUCAUUCGUUUAUUAAGAAUAUAAUAUUAAAAAAGUCGUGGUUUAUCAAAAAUUGAAAAAAAAAUGAGCAUACGUGAGAUUAAUGAUGAGGCACAUUUCCAGUCUGAACUUUUGGCCGCAGGGACACGAUUAGUAGUAGUGGAUUUUACAGCGUCUUGGUGUGGACCAUGUCAGCGCGUUGCACCAUUUUUUGGAAUGUUUCCUGAAAGAUACCCGAAGGGAGUUUUCCUUAAAGUAGAUGUGGAUAAAUGCCAAGAUGUUGCUGCAAGUCAGGGUGUUUCUGCUAUGCCCACUUUCAUCUUUUAUAAAAACAGGACAAAGGUCGAUCGUUUACAGGGAGCAGAUCUAUUGGCAUUGGAAGCAAAAAUUACAAAGCAUAUGUCUGGUAGUAGUGAAUGUGACGAAGAUUAUGGACAAGGCCUUAUGGACUUAAAUGCAUUUAUAUCUAAGCAAGAGUGUGAAUGUUUAAAUGAAUGUGAUGAGCAUACUUUAAUGCAUUGUCUAACGCCUGAAGGUGGCUUUUUACAAUCUGAUUGUGAUGAACAAUUAAUUUUAUCAGUUACCUUUAACCAAUGUGUGAAAAUCCAUUCACUUAAAAUUAAAGCUCCUCCACAAGUCGGACCAAAAGACAUUAAAUUAUUUAUUAAUCAACCACGCACUAUCGAUUUUGAUUCCGCAGAAGGCAUGACAAGCGUCCAAGAUUUAUCUUUGGCUCCAAAGGAUUUAGAAAACGGAAACUUAAUUAACCUGCGUUAUGUUAAGUUUCAAAGCGUUCAAAACUUGCAGAUUUUUGUUAAAAAUAAUCAAUGUGGUGGUGAAAUUACACAAAUCGACUUUGUUGGUUUUAUUGGAUCACCUCUAAUGACAACAAAAAUGACUGACUUUAAGCGCGUUGCCGGUAAAAAGGGUGAAAGUCAUUAAAUUAAAUAAAAUAACAUUUGAUUUCAUAAA